AUGAGGAUUCUAAUACCGUUUACCCUUUGUGCUCUUCUAUGCUGGUCUGAGGGCCACAAGCAGGAGGAAUGUUUGAAGCGGGAAAUCCGGCUGCCUAUGAUCAGGGAAAUGCUCAGUAUGUCCCAGGACAUCCAUAAAUCCCUGCCGAGAGACAAUAAACCCUUCCAUCGGAUAUUGGGGAAACUUAAAAAGUGCAAGGAACUGAAUGUCCCAGACUUCAAGCGUGUCCUGGAAAUCUAUGAUGAACAUGUGUUUGAAAAGAUGUGGGAUGAACUGCCAACUCAGUUCAUUGACUACUUCAAAAGGCUGAAGGGCAUAAUGCAGAACUGUGCGACUGAAGGCAAACCAACCCAGUCCCGCUGCGCAAAAGAGAAGCUUAAAAAAUUUGAGCAGACGUUGAUGAAGCUUCAGCCAGAUGGUAAAACCAAAGCUCUGAGUGAGUUUCACAGUGUUUUGCUGUGGAUCAGUUCAGGCAUGGACAGAAGAAAAACAUACAAGAAGAUUCACUAG